ACCUUGUUAUCAUUGGACAUUCACAUCAAAAUAAAUAUUUGUUUGCAUUGCAUUUUCCUUUUAAACAACUUUGCUACUGCCGUUGACGACAGCUGUAUGUGUUUACUUAUUGUUUAGUAUUUACGCGUUAUAGGUAUAUUAAUGCGAACGUGAAUAUAACAAGACAAUAAGUUCUGAAAUCCGAAUUAUGUCGGUAACUGGAGAUCUGAUUGAAGAGCAGCAUGGCCGGCGGCGAGACGCGGGGCGGGGGCAGGGUAUUUAUAGCGCACCGGCAACGGAGCCCUGGCCGCCCGGCCCCGUCGGUACUCUAAUCAACUGCACGGUGUCCGGCCCCUCCGCCCUCCGACCCACCGACAUGCAGAUACGACACAGGAUUACCAUGGAUUAUAUUACACUAGCACAAGUCAUAUUUUCACUCAUGAUGUUAAUACAAUUCUAUUUUAUCGAAAUACUUUAAUUCAUAGAGGUAUCCCGAAUAAAUUGUUUCUCAUAACGUCAGCAGUCCUAUUGGCUUAUAAAGGGAAGUGCAACAACCUAGCGCAGUAUAAUAAUAAGUGGUAAUGCAAGAAGAAAUUCCGGGUCCCCUUUUUAAAACUUUGGUCAAACAACUAACAGCAUAUUAAUUUUAAUGAUGAGAAUAAGGACGCAUUUUAGCUGCCCGGUUCGAUGAACUCGUAUUGCAAUAGUUCUAUAUAUCUGCAUUACAUCCCACUACGUAUAGCGAGGCGGCCAGGGAAGCCUGGGUGGCCGGCAGCGCCGCGCAGUGCGCAUGCCCGCUACCUGCUCUCGCAGCCCCCUCGCUCCCACCAUACCUCCAGUCUUAAAUCAUGUCCACGUCCCGUUUAAAAUAUGUAUCACUUAUUAAAAUAUUGAAUCUUCGAAAGUAUCGACACCAAUUUGUUUCAAAUAAAACUCACGACUAAAAAGCUGUGUGAGGUUUUGAUAUCUCAUCAUAGAAGCUCUCUGGCUCAGUAGGGUUCUGUGAGGUGUUCGGCUGCACGAUGAUGAGAAAGAAUGCAACAUCUGAGGGUGUCGGUGCGCAGAUGAAGUGGGCAUGCGUGACCGCGCAACUGGUGCCGUUCUUCAAGGCGGUGUGUAUGUACUUCGCGCUGGACGUUGACGCGCCGUCGGCCGCCACAGCCGCGCUUAAGUGCGCACCCAUCAUCUGUCUCCUUGGCUGCGUACUCUUCAAGGCCGCUUUUACUGCAGGGGAAUGGGGCCGAUACGCCUGGUUCGUGAGCCUGGGGCUGGCGCUGUCUGCGCUGGGCGACGUGGCGCUGGUGUGGCCGCAGAUGCUGGCGGGCGGCAUCAUCUUGUUUGGCGCUGCGCACAUCUCGUACAUCGCGGCGUUCGGGCUGCGGCCGCGGCGCGCGGGGCUGGGCGCGCUGGCUGCGCUGGCCGCCGCGCUGUACGUGCGCACGCUGCGCCCCGCCGCGCUGAAGCCUUUCACCUUCCUCGUGCACGUGUACGCGGCGCUGCUGGCGGCGAUGGCGUGGCGCGGCGCCGCACGCCCCGGCCCGCAGCGCGCCGGCGCCCUGCUCUUCGCCCUCUCCGACGGCUUGCUCGGGUACAGCCUCUUCGGUGGUUCACUGCCCUACAAGAAUGUGCUGGUGAUGUCCACGUACUACCUGGGGCAGUUGCUGAUCGCCCUCAGCGCGCUCUUGCCGAUGGAGGCGCUGAGGCUCGCCGAAUAAUUGCCUUUGUAGACUAUGUUCCGUGCGGAAAAAACCCGACGCUCCGCCUCUAGUUGAAGUCGCGAAGUGUUGCGGAACAUACCGCGCCGCAACCAGCAGCUGCAGCAGCUGCAGCAGCUGCAGCAGCACUUCGGCAGCUCGCUGUGAGCCGCCGGCGAGGGCCGUGGCGGGAAAUACUUACAUUAUCAAAUGGUUUUAUCUUAUGGGGUAAAUUAUCUUAGAAUUUUUAAAUAAGGCGUUAUAUUGAAUCGGAUUAGCAGUGUAAAUAAAACGCUGCUGUUUAUGUUAUUUAACAAUGCAUAGUGAAUAUAAACCGUCUGAUUUUGUAUUGUUUAUGCAUAGCUUUUAAACCAAUGUGCCAAAAUGACUGCCGCCGUCUUGCGGUUUAUUAUUCUUACAAGGAGUGUGUAAUUGUUACAUUUGGAAAUCGGCAAAGGCAAAUAAUUUAUUAAAAAAAUCUAUUAGGCACAUUUAAAUUACUUUUAAUUGUAUGUAUACAAAGCACGUGAUGGCUUCCAUGUGAGCGUCUUAAACAGCGUCUGAAUACGACACAAGCGCAUUCAAGUAAUUUGUUAUGUAAAUGUAGUUUUUGACUCGGCCUCCGUUAUUGUUACUAAACAUAAAAGACCAAUGUAGGAAAACUGUCCAACCAUCGUUUGAAUAUACAAAUCAAUAAAACCACAAUAGAUUAAAAUGAACACAAAACUAUUGCUCGCAUAAAACGUGCCGAGUUAAUAAAAUAAUUAAUGGGCAUUUAAUAUUUUUGUAAUGAAUACAGAAUAUAUCCAAUGCCACCCGGGGAUAAUAUAACUUCUCAAAUCGAAUAAUUUUUCAAGUACCUUCGGUUAAGUAGUGUUGCUAAUCAAUGCAAAUAAAUAAAUCUUUCCUUUUAAGUUAUUUAUGGAAAGAAGUAACUGUCUUUGAUGAUGUCAAAGAAAAGUUUUUAGAAAUUUUACGUAACAUUUGUGAUAACAAGAGUGCAGGCACUAAUUGUUUAUAAUUUAAGAUUUUGAAUUAAAAUGGAGACAAUUUUUACAAAAUUAAAUGCAUAUUUAAUUUCACCA